UUUCCAGGAACUUGGUAAUGCAUACCGUGUUCUGUGUUGGAGGGUCUUUGUCAUAGGUUCUGGACCUAAAGUUGUCCCUGCUCCUGGGCUAGUACUUUACAAUAAAACUAUCAGAGCAGAGUUUGUAGGGCUCAGUAUCUGUAUCUUUAAAUUAUGCAUAUAUCAUCUCUACCCUGUGAUGUUUUUCCCCAGUAAUCACAUUUCAGGUUUAAACUGUGUUUACAAACAAAUAAAACUAAUUACUCAUAUUUAACUCCUUUUUAUAAUCAAGAAAAACCACUUUGGUCUUGUGUUUUACAAAGCUACACUACAGUCUACAUUUGACCACAGACGUCCAAUAGAUGCAGCUUUUGAAUGAGAUGAUAAAACUCUUUUACUUCUCAAUAAACAUCCAUUUUAAACAUUCUCCACCAUUCUCAUUACAAGAUGAGCCUUGUAUUUUAAAAAGGCGAAAAUAAACUGUUUAUGGAUAUGUUGGAAGUAAAGUACUAGGCCGGUGCUAAAGUAUUUUAAUGUUCCUGCGAAAUGACAGUGGCAAAAAAUAACAUGAAGGUCAGCGACAUUUCAUUAACUGUAUCUUAUUUAAGGGCAUCAAACACAAAACAGGCUUUGCGUUUGGAGUGUUAUUGGCUCAGACAAAUAAACAUAAUGCCAUCCACUCCUUGAAUGGUUUUCAUGUGCCAGAUGUGCCUGCAUAUUUUUUAUUCACAUUUGGUAUUUAGUCAUGGCGUGGCCUGUGAGCUUUCAUUUCCUCUGUGAGACUGUAAAUAAGCCCAGCAUCCUCUGGGAGUGACUACAUAAAACACUCUGUGGUUAGCAGACCUCAGUGCCUGCCAGAGGCAUAGCUAAACCAUGGACGCUUCACUUCUAUCAAGUAAAGGCAAUAUCCUAGACAUCUCUGUUUAUCUAGCAGUAGAACACACUAUCAAACGACAAUCCUACUAUAAAAAAAAAAGAAAAAAACGUAUAAAAAGCAAAUGUCUGAGGGACUGCAGUGAUAAACAAUAUAAAGGAAAAUAAAAAAAGGAAGUUGGGAGAUUUUUAUCUUUGCAUGUUUUGUAGAAGGAGAUUGUGUUUUCUAACCAGCCAAAAGACAUCAAUUAUACAAUUUUGAUCUGAUUUAGAUCAGUGAUUAAUCAUAACAUAACAUUUAGUAUUUGAUUAUGCCAUCUCUUUUCCUUUAUUUCCAGGAGAAUGAGAAUGUUUCACAGGUUAUCACCAUAAAGAGAAAUGUUUAGGUGGGUAGGAAAGAGCAGGUUUAUUUUGUACCCUCAUUCGUUCUGCAGUUUUGAGUAAUCUCUCUUUUCUGAUGCUCCCUUGGACUUGACUUGGCACGUGUGUUUGGAGCGGUUGAUUUCACUUUUAAAUAUUCCUUUUCUCUGGAGGUCUCAGCCCCUUGUGAUGUGACCUGCAUGACUAAUUCCAUUUAAAGGGGAAUAACAUGCAUUAGGGCUCUCACUUUUCUGCCUCGCAUUUGCAUAAUUUUGUUUGGCAACUUGGAAAACGGCCAUUAACAGCACUAAGACACACACUGUAAAGGAUAGGAACGGAGGCAGAUCAAUACUUCAUUUCAACGUCUUUAGCAGCAUCGGGGUUCAGAUCAGGAGGCAUUCACUAAUUCAAAUUCGUGCAGGAGUCUUGUGAUGCUACCAUUAGUUCCUGAUAAGAAAACACCGUUGUACUGCCUCUCUUAAUCUCUGACAGACACGUUCACUCGAUCAAUAGUCUUUUACUUUUUUGUUGCAAAGACAAGAUUGAUUGCCAGGAGUUGCUUGUGCUCAAUUCUACUUCUCACACUCCUCAUUAUUGUUUCAAUUAGGCAUUCUCUGGAGACUUUGGUCGGGGUAGCAUUGAAAAGCGGUGACCCCCUGUGAUUCACAUCAAACACCGGAUGUUUGGCAGAACAACCUUUGACACCAACUUUAUUCAGGUCAAGAAGUGGAAACGCCAUCCAAACAAGUGGAUUAAGUAGGCUGGGGGCUGACGGCGGGAAGCGCAGGCAUGACUGGGGGAAGUUGCGACUCGCGCCAGUGAGGAGGAUAAUCACAACGUUACCUUCUCAUGAAUUAUUAAGUACCCUGUGUCUAUUUUAGUCCGAUUGAAAAUGCUGCAUUUUUAUCCAUGGGUCUGAGGCAGUGUGCAAGGGUGUGUGUGUGUGAGUGUGUGUUUUUUUUUCUUUUUUUGACAGCUGUAUUACUGCUGAUAAGCGAGACUGUGUGAGCUGAUCAAGUAGUGAGACAAGCGUUCAGAGCAGUAGCAGUAGCAGCACAGCAGCAGCAGCGCUCUAGUCACUAGGAGCCGUGGCGGCAGAAGCAGCAGCAGCACUAUCAGUCACAGCAGAGGCAGCAGCGGCAGCAGCAGCAACAAACUCUCUCCUGUCUUUUUCUCUUCUUUCUGGAGUUGUUUCCUGCUCAGAGGACAAAAGCCAAGGAAGUAGGAGGGAAGUGAUCCAGGGCUGAUAGCUGCCAUCAAAAACAAAACCAAAACGCAGACCUGGCUGCCCCCAUGCCUAUCGAAUUUGUUUGCAAAAUCAAAUUUGCAGAGGAGGAUGAGAAGCAGAAAAGCAACCAGGAUGGGGACAAGGAGAGCCUGAUCGAGGAGAGCUGCACACCUCCGGCUAAGGACUUGGCUGGGUUUGCUAACUCCUGCUCCCUUCAUGGGAUUAACCACAUCUUUGUCUCUGGUCGCCUGGGCAUCCGGCAGACUCUCUGGGCUCUUGCCUUUUUGACAUCACUGGCGCUGUUUCUGUACCAAGCGGCUAAGUGUGCCAUCUCUUACCUGGAACACCCUCAUGUCACAGCUCUGAAUGAAGAGGCGACCCCGGAGAUGGUUUUCCCCGCUGUGACCAUCUGCAACAUCAACCGCUUUCGCUUCUCCGCGCUCACCGAUGCCGACAUCUACCACCUGGCUAACUUGACAGGUCUGCCUCCCAAAAACAAGGAUGGGCACAAACCUACUGAUUUAAUGUAUCCUGCUCCUGACAUGCAGGACAUCUUCAACAGGACAGGACAUCAGUUAGAAGAGAUGCUCAAGAGCUGCAAUUUCAGUGGACAGAACUGUUCGGUCGAGGACUUCUCUGUGGUUUACACCAGAUAUGGGAAAUGCUACACUUUUAAUGGUAACAAGACCACAUCCAGGAAAACCAAGCAGGGCGGAAUGGGAAAUGGGCUGGAGAUCAUGUUGGAUAUCCAGCAGGAUGAGUAUCUGCCCAUCUGGAGAGAGACAAAUGAGACGUCCCUGGAGGCCGGCAUUCGAGUUCAGAUCCACAGUCAGGACGAGCCUCCCUACAUCCACCAGCUGGGCUUUGGCGUCUCUCCGGGCUUCCAGACCUUUGUUUCAUGUCAGGAGCAGAGGCUGACCUACUUGCCCCAGCCCUGGGGGAACUGCCGCUCCACCAGCAAAGAGAAGUUCCCAGGAUACGAUACAUACAGCAUCAGCGCCUGUCGCUUGCUCUGCGAGACCAACGAGGUCCUGCGAGUGUGCAACUGCAGGAUGGUGCACAUGCCUGGAACUGCAGAUAUCUGCCCUCCCAGUAAAAUCAACUGUGUUGACAAAGCGCUCGCACAGCAGCAGAAGAACACUGGGGAUAGCUGUCCAUGCGAGACGCCCUGUAAUCUCACCCGCUACGGUAAAGAGCUCUCCAUGGUCAAGAUCCCCAGUAAGGGCUCUGCUCGCUAUCUCUCCAGGAAAUAUGACAAGUCAGAGGACUACAUCAGAGACAACUUCCUGGUCUUGGAUAUCUUUUUUGAAGCUCUGAACUAUGAAACAAUUGAGCAAAAGAAAGCCUACGAUGUUGCAGGUUUAUUAGGUGACAUUGGUGGACAGAUGGGCUUAUUCAUUGGAGCCAGCAUCCUGACAAUCUUAGAAAUACUGGAUUAUAUCUAUGAGGUGAUCAAGCACCGGAUAAAACGUCUGCUGAGGCCGCAGAAAGAGGAGAAGAAAACCAAGCAGCAGACCAGCACGGUUGCAACAGUGGGUCUGGAGGAAAUCAAAGCAAAGGAGCCCAAUGACAUGACACGGAGUCACCCGGAGGGGGCGUAUGCCAACACGAUCCUCCCCAACCACCACCAUCCUCACCCUCACCCUCACCCUCACCACCAUCAUGCCGGGCACCACGGCGUGUUUGAGGACUUCGCUUGCUAGAGUCAACCAUCGUUUCCAGUCCUGGUGACAUCAAAAGAUAUGAGCUGUCUGUGUUGAGAUCAGUAACAGACCCUUGGCGUGUCCCUUGGUCCUUUGUUGUCACCAGUGAAAAGCUACAGCCAAAGUCGAACACCAAACUCGUGCUGCUAACAAAGCACUUGUACGUACAGUAUGUAGGCACAAAUUGGACACAGCUUUUACGUUUGUUUGUUUCUCUCUCUCUCUCCGGAUGGGACCCCUCUCAACUUUGUCCUGCUUCACGUAAGAAGUCAGGCACUUUGUGAUUUCGGGACCAUAAUCACUAUAAGGGAACAAGAGGAGGACUGCAUGUCACCAUGAUUCAGUUUAUAAAGGAAAUACAUCAUUUAUUUAUUCAGCUAGCAUUUCUGAUUUCUUCUUCUGUCUGUAUCCCUCCUUUUACCUGCCCUCCUUCCUCAUGGAAAACACACUGUAUCAUAUCAAGCCAUUAUAAAUUAUGUAAUUAUUUAAGGAGAUACUAUUAUCUAUAUGUUCUAUAUACAAGAUGAGAAUACUUACAUCCAUCCAAAAUAUGGGGGGAAUUAUUUAGGUUGAACUGUAUGACCUUGGCUUAGAAGAUCUAGCAGCAUCUUUCCACAUGAUACACUUCGUCUGGUUUGUGGUUAAGGUGUUAGAGAGUAGCAUUGUACUUGUACAUAAAGUCCAACUUUAAAAUGAGAAAGCUCUAAAGUUCUGUUUCAAUGGUUGUUUAUAUUCAGUUAAAUAUAGUUGUAACUUAUGUAAGAUUAAUUUUAGUUAUUUAUACAUUUGAGAAAAGACUUUUAUAUGAAAAAUAUUGAUCACGAUUGUAGCAAUCUACUGUACACUUACAAUCUGCAGAUAUGUUAGACUGCCAAACAUCAAUAUGUGUCCACGUUAACAAAAUGGACUGAUGAUGACUAUUAGCUCCAUCGUUUCCUUUUAUAUGUCCUGCUUUUUCCAAGACAAACACACAAAUCUUCUGCAUAUGGACGAUGUUUUCAGUCAUGACAUGCUUGUGCUUAAAUUAUGCGUCUUAUACAGUUAAUUUCUGCCCUCCAUCCACUCUUCACUUUGGUUAGCAUCAUAACUUUAGGCUGACAUAAGCAAUAAGAAACAGAAUUUUAUUUUUUGCCAAGUCAUCUCCUUCAGCUUGUGGGCCAGUAUCACUGUAAAAGUGUAGCAGCUAUUUACAGUGUCGAUCCGGCGUGUGUGUGUGUGUGUGUGUGUGUGUGUGUGUGUGUGUGUGUCUGUUUGUUGCAUGUGCACUUUACCAUUUUUGCACACAUCGCUGAGCACAUUACACUGAUGCGUCUCAGCUGAGCUGAUCCAUGAAAAAAAAGGAAAGCUUGAAAAUUUCAGAAUAGUUAGCAUGAAAGCUAAGAGUUAUGUUGCAGUAGUAAGGUUUUUAUCAAACAAACGUAGAAUUAGAACAGCUUUUACUUUCAGUCCCAAAAUUGUAGAGAGGGGUUUAAUUUAAAAACUGCCCCGGAGGCUGAAAUGUUCUUACUGGUUAACUUAAUCCUUAGUGGGUGGGACAAAGACACAACUGUUUAAAAGAGCACAAGUUAGCAAAGUAGGAAUGAAAAAUAAAACACACUCUUUACAUCGAUUCAUUCAUAGUCAUGUUUGUCAUUAUCGUGGAAGGUCAGCUUGCCCUUACGCACUGCAGGAACUUAAUAACCUUUAACCUCUAGCUUCUCAUAAUCUCCCCAAGAGCUUUUAAGAACUUGAGACUUUUAAUGCGAGUCAUCCUUUAAACAUUGAAAAUUUUUGGAUUGACAGUGUUUCAAAAGGCAUCAGCAAAUACCAAUAGUACCUAUAGUAUAUAACUUUACUAUGAAUUUUUUUUAGUAGGAGAGUUAAAGCGACUGUAGCUAAAGCGAUUUUGUAGGAAGUCGACAACUUUGCCAACACAGCCGAACAUCAAGCAAGUGCAACAACACAAGACAUAGCAGCCAGAGCUAGACUCAGAUUUAUUCUUGUCCAGAAGCAUGUCACUCUCUUUUUCUUUUUGGCCUCCUUCUUUGUCGUCUCAAAUCUCUUCGCCUCUGCCAUACUUUGCCUCUGCUAAACCUGGUUACAUUGACCCCUUGCCCAGCUCCGGUUCUUGCACAGCACCAGCUCCGCUCCCUGUCAGUAUUCGCCCACAUCCCUGCCCUGAAAACCACCUCUUAACUCCUCGUCCCCUCCUGUGUUCUGACCUCACAAUCCAUGCAACACAGCUAACAAACUGACUAACAAACUAACAGCAGCUAUAAUUCACAGCAGUUUACUUACAAUGAAGUUGUGUAGGUAUACAUUUUCUUUUACAUCUUUGCUGGCUCCAGGGCACUGCUGGCACUGACACAAGCUAGGCGGUGGUCAACAAUGGGGUCCAGCUCUUUUAAGCACUUCACAUGUUUUUAAUUUAUUCCCUGCAAUGUGUUUGUUGUUUCCAGAUGCUGAGUAGUCUUCUUGUCAACUAUUUGUUCUCAAUGGUUCCUUACCCGGACUAACAACUGUUUUUUACAGUUUUCUUCUGUUUUUAAAUAUUGGUUGUGCUGCUCAGUAUAGACGCAGCAGUAAAACGGCAGUUGUUGUUGUUGUGGUGCUUGUUGUUCACCUCUGCUUUUCCACCUUUACUGUGAUGUGACACCACAUCUAAAAAGGCUGAUAGCUGAACAAACUAGCUAAUCUAAACAAUUUGACAUGAUUUGACACUGUUGCUUAUGUCAGUGGCGUCAUUUGCAAACAUUUGUUCAGCUUCGUACUCAUCUUCAUUGAACCACAUAAAGAAGCAUUCAGGAAUGUGCUUUCAUAGAUGGUGCGAUGCCUGAGCUGCGGUCUUUUUUUUUUUAAUUAACUCUGACCUGAAAAAUGUUAGACACGUUGCUUCAUUAGUGCGUCAUAAAUUCUGAUGCUGUCCCAUCAUCCAUUUAUAUAUUUGACAACGCUGGAAAACUAGAAAAUGCACCCUCUGAUUUACAUUCAGUUGUAACACAGGACAAGCUAAAUCACAAGAUAUCUCUGUAGAGAGGUUGAUCAUGUUUCCUUUCCAGUAUGCUAGCAGUGUAUUUGCCCCCAGCUGUUUGGGCACACAUACUUCAAAACUAUAAGAUCCUGUUUUUUUGCUUAUUGAGGAUAAAUUUUGAUUGCUGAAGUCUAACCCUAAAACACACAAAAUCUGAGAUUUGACAAGCCUUUGUCUGGGAAAUUUAUGAAAUACUUAACAUUACAGAAUAUCAUGUUUACAAAUGACAACAUAAUUUUCCUGUUAAUUUGAUCGGUGCAUUCUGUUGCCGCAAUAUUGUUAUACAUCACUUUAGCUCACAAUGAGAUUCCACAGUCCUCCAUCUGUCUGAUCCCCCCCUCCUGUCAAGUAAUCAUGAGCUAUACAUGGCUGUUUAAUAUUCAUAAUCAUGUGUCACUUUGACAUUUUCAAAAGGUUCCCAAUCACAGUCUCUGAUGGCAUCCUGUACAGGCCAUGCAUAACAAUCUUCUCCUCUGUCAUCAAUAAUUGUAGCUAUCCUCAGACGAGCCACACAGGGGCUGGUGUGUUGGGAUGAAUACAGGGCAGCAUUUUCACUGUAGAGUUCUGUUAGUUCUUUGUAGAAAGGCUUUUUCUUUAAUCUUUCAGAUGUUGUUUUAGCUGCACUGGGAAACAACCUGAUUAGAUUUGUACACAAAAGUAAAAACAGAUAAGUUGAUUACAAAAAAAAAAACAGUUCAUUUUACGGCUUGCAGUCCGUGUGAGGUGCCACAGGGCUGAGAGGUGGGCGGCAGGUCUGCACUGUAGCAGAUAGGACAACUUCCGUGCUUGACAACAUGUAGCUCACAUUCCUCGGAUUCCUCAAGCCUCCAGUCUGAGCUCUCUUCUUGCACAGCUCUUUGGGCCUACCUUUUUAUAGCUCCACGACGUUCAGCCUGUACGUGCUUAUCACAUUAUCCAUAAAAAUCUAUUUAAUCUGACAAGCCACUGAUGUUUCUGAAUAUGUGCUGCCAUGUCUUUUUCAGCUGCUUUGUUUUUUUUUCUUCUUCUUUUGGUUGAGGUCCGAGUGGUUAUUUUAGAAGAGAAAAAUAUGAAUUGCGGGGUUUUUAAAAAAAACAAAAAAACAAAAAAAAAAACAGCUGUCAGGACUUCAUCAGUAUAAAUUUCAUCCCAUAUCUGACAGAGAUGGAAAUGAACCAUCACUGCGGUAACAAAGAACGCUUGCAUUUUGUACAGAUGUGUGAUAUUGUGAUUAUUUCCUCUGUUAGAACACAUUUUAUAAAUGUUAAAUAUGAUAAAUACAAUAACUAUUAAAGUUUAGAUUGGUAAAACCAGUGCCUCCUAAAUCCAAAGCCCAGUUCACUUUGUAACUCUAUGUUGUCUAUGUUUUCUUUACAGUUAUGUAAAUGUAUUUCAAUUUUUCCACCGUUUAAAAGCCUCUCCACCACUGACAAAGACUUUGUUGUAAGUGAUUUUUUAUUUAUUUUAAAGGUU